GAAAUCAAUUUACUCUUUGCUCUGGAGUUGUGGUGGUGCGAGCUUCCUGUCCAACUCACAGCUCCUGUACUUCACAAACACUUCCACACCUCUGAGCACAAGGGAAGCCAGAGAUUUUCUCCCCAGUCCUGCUGCUCUCCAGAGGCCACAUCACCUCAGCAGCCCCACAGUCUGCUCUGUACACCCCCCACCCCACAAACAGGUAAGUGCAUUAUCCCAGAGCUUUGGGAAGGGGAGAAGGUUGGUGAGAGCUCUCUGUUAAGUGCUCUUGUUUAGUUUUUCUUCUCUUCUUAGAAACCUUCAAGGGAAUGAGACCUGCAAGGGCUACUAACCUUGAGCAUACAAGGCUAUUUGUCUUUGGAAUGGUUUAAAUUGAAACAGGGUAGCAUUAGAUGGGAUAUUGGCAAGAAAUCCCUCUGAGGAUGCUGAGGCCCCAGAACAGGGUGCCCAGAUAAGCUGUGGCUGCCCCCUCCAUGGAAGUGUCUCUAACCAGGUUGGAUGGGGUUUGGAGCAGCCUGGCAGACUGGAAAGUGUACCUGACCAUGGCAGGGAGGUGAAUGGGAGGAGCCCUAAGGUCCCUUCCCAUCAAUGCCAGUCUUAAUUGCCCAAUUUCCCCUCCCCAGCUCCUUCCCAUAAAGCACGAGAAAGUUGAAACUGAAACCUUUUGAUAAAAACAAGCUGUCUCAGAAAAGAAACAGGGAUUUCUUUCUGGCUCUGAAACACCAGCUCUCCCCUGCAGACCACCAAGGCCUGCCCAAUGAGGCUGGGCUGGGUAGAUGUCUCUCUGUUUUGGGGGACAUUUGUCUCCAAAAUCAGCACCCUGAGGGUCUGCCAGCUGUCACUGAAGGUUAACAGCAAAGGGGGACAAGGCCAAACAACCCACAGCUCCUGCUGCUUCCUCUCUAAAGUCUCCCUGAAACAACCCUGUGAAACUUGUGUCCUUGGACAGUGAGGGGGGUUUUGAGUCAUUAUUUUGAAAUCUUCUUAAUCAUUAAGUCACACUGUGUUACAAUGUCCUCCUGUUAUUUCAAGUAAUUCAGCUUAGCUUGUGUUCCCUCUUUCCCAAGGCACAAAUCCACCUUGCUUUGCUUCAAAACCUCAGCCACAGCCAGAAUGUUUAAAAAACUCACCAAAUUCAUUGUAAAUCAAAUGGAUCCAUACAAAGAACUGGUCCCUGUCGAAAGCAUCGCAGACAAUGAGCACUUCAGGCCUCUCUAUCUACUGAAAAAAAAAAGCAAACCAAAAACCAUAUUUCACCGAGCUCCCUACUACCAGAGGACAGGCUUCACACUGGAUGAUGUGCUGCUGCCUGGAGAAAAUGAGUCCCUCCAUCAAGAAUGCAGCCAAUUUACUCUCACAAAAGUCAGCGCUGACCAAGCUGAUGGAGGUCUCAGCAUUUCAUUUGACCCUACAAAUGUGGAGCUGAAAGGAGGUGCCUCCUUGUCCAAAGAGUUUUCCAUUAUGCCACAGAAGAAGAGCAUAUCACUGGAAUCACUGGAGGCACUGAGAAGAGAAAGGGAAAUCAACAUGGAUCAUUCCUUCAUCCAACAGCUCCAGAGAACAGACAUCAAGCUCUGUGUGGUCACUGAAAUCCUCGAGGCCUCAGAGGAGGCUGUCUACAAGGAAUCCACCAAGGCAGAUGGGGGCUUCAAGGCCAAAUUUUAUGCUUCACUCUGUGCACAGAGCAACAGGGAGGACAAACAAAGCAUAGUGAUACCCAAGGGCUGCACGCUGGCCUUCAGGACCAUCCCACUACACAUCAGAGAUGGAGCAUGGGAUCUGGAUUAUUUCCCAGCAGAAGCUGUGAGAAAGCAAACUUAUGUAGCUGAUGGUCCCUCAGCAGGAAAAUUAGGACAAGUAAUGACAGAAGUUCAAUAUUUCUGCCGAAUUUUCCCCGAGUUGUCUCCUGACCUGCUGCUCAUCACCUUAAACACCAUCAAAGCUGCGAUGAGAGACAAGAACCUCCUUCAAGAGCUCAGCCAGAAAAUGGAAGAAGUUACUGAGCAAAAUGAUGGUUAUGAGCUGAGAACUGAGAGCCCAGACUUAAAGGAACUGUUCAGCAUCUUACAGCAAUCCCCAAGACAUCAUCUCCUUCUGCUGGCAGAAGGAAUCACCUACGUCCUUGACGCUUUGCAUGAGUUAACGGAGGAUCAGCUGCUGCUGCUGCUGGAAUCCUUGGAAAGGAAGAUUGUAUCCCAACAGCUGAACCUGGUUGAAAAUCUCCUGAAACAUGACCUGGAUAAGGGGGAGGAGACUUUUCUUGUGGAUGCCAAUGUGCUCUUCUCACAGGAGGAGGAACAGAUGUUAACCAUUGCCCUGGUGGAGCUUAGUGGAGUGCAGCUCCAGGAAGAUGGAUCAGUUACCCCUAGGGAUAAACCCACUGAGGCCGUGGCAGCCUUGUUUGUGGCCCUGUAUGCCCUUAACUUCCUGAGUGGUUCCAGGUCCCUGGCCCUGCCCAGGGAACCCCUCUGAGGUCUUGUGAACUCUCUACUGACAAGCCAGUUUUCUCUCCCUAUAUCAUCCUUGUUAAUAAUCAAGGCUGAUUUGGCUGGCAAAAGGAAAUUUAAGGCUAGAAAAUUCAUUAUGGCUACUAAAGGUUGGGUAUCAAAGUGGAUUUGUUUUACUUACACCACCCUGGUCCCAGCACUGCCAUCAUCCCUGAGAUGUUCAAUGGACACAUGGAGCACUUUAGAGCAAACAUACUCUCAUUAUCACUCUAUAAAUAAAGAGGACCUUUUUGAUACACAA